AUGGAAGAUAUAUUUCAGUGGUGUAGAGAAGGUAACGCCUUGCAGGUGCGAGUUUGGCUCGAUGAUACUGAACAUGAUAUGAAUCAAGGUGAUGAUCAUGGCUUCAGUCCCUUACACUGGGCAUGCAAAGAGGGCCAUAUCAAGAUUGUUGAGAUGCUCAUUCGGCGUGGUGCCCGCAUUAACGUCACAAACAUGGGUGACGAUACACCACUGCAUUUAGCUGCAGCCCAUGGCCACAGACCCAUUGUCCAAUUGCUGCUGCAAAACCGCGUCGAUGUAAACUUCACAAACGAGCACGGCAACUCGCCCCUCCACUACGCCUGUUUCUGGGGCUACAGCGCCAUCGCCGAGGAUCUGGUGCUCGCUGGCGCUUUGGUCUCGCUAGCCAAUAAGGACGGCGAUACGCCCCUGGACAAAACCAGGGGACAGAUGGUGCAAAGACUGCACGAGCUUGCCGUCCAGCAGGGUCAGGAUUUGAAGAAGAUCCAGUUCAAGGACCAGUCUUGGCUCGGCCUUAAGACCAGAAGUAGAGACGCGACCCUCUCCCGCCACAAGGGGAUCAACAUCAACGAGCUGGCCCUCCAUACACGAAUCGCCGUCACACCAUCAGGCGAGACCUGGCGCGGUCGCUGGCAGAAGAACGACAUUGUGGCGAAGAUAAUAGCGGUCCGCGAGUGCACGCCCCGCAUCCAGCGCGACUUCAACGAGGAGUUCCCCAAGCUUCGUAUAUUUUCGCAUCCCAACAUAUUGCCCGUGGUGGGCUGCUGCGUGUCGCCGCCAUCGCUGGUGGUGAUAUCGCAGCACAUGUCGUGGGGCUCGCUGCACGGGCUGCUGCACGGCGGCGGCGGCGGCGGCCGCGGCCGCGUGGUGGUGGACGCGGGCGCGGCGCUGCGGCUGGCGCGCGACGCCGCCGCCGGCAUGGCCUACCUGCACUCGCUGCAGCGCGACCGCGCCCUGCCCGCCUACCACCUCAACAGCCGCCACGUCAUGAUCGACGAGGACCUGACCGCGCGCAUCAACAUGGCCGACUCGAAGUUCUCGUUCCAAGAGCGCGGGCGGGUGUACGCGCCGGCGUGGAUGGCGCCCGAGGCGCUGCUCAAGCCCGCCGCCAAGCGGAACUGGGAGGCGGCUGACAUGUGGAGCUUCGCAGUCCUGCUGUGGGAGCUCGCCACCAGAGAGAUUCCCUUUGCGGACCUUUCUCCAAUGGAGUGUGGUAUGAAGAUCGCUCUUGAAGGUCUCCGGGUAACAAUCCCACCGGGGGUUUCCCCACAUAUCGCGAAGCUGAUCAAGAUCUGCAUGAACGAAGACCCCGGUAAACGACCCUCUUUCGAAAUGGUACUGCCCAUUUUGGAGAAGAUGAAGCGU